AUGUCAGAAAGAGAAGAUGAAUCGAGUGAAAAAACGGAAGAGGAUGAAACUAAUCAGAGUGAAGAUAACGAGGGUUAUUCAUACAGUGAAGAUUCAAUAUCUUCUGACGAAUUAACGGACGACUCUGAGGUAACCAGUGUAACACGAUCAUUAUCGUUCACCAAUGAGGAAAAGUUACUGUCCAAUUAUUCUGACGAAUUUGGAGUGGGAUCGAGUAAAGUAUCGACACCAGUGGACUACCAGAUACCAAGUUAUUCCUCAUUGAAUCCCGGCCCGACGCCUCCAACUGGAUUCAACUGCAUUCAACGAAAAAAUAUGAGCUUUUCAAACAUGGAAAUGGUGAAAAUAGAAAGGGAAAAUCAGUGUUUGUUGAGAAAAAUAAUGGCCCAACAAAGACAAAAAAAAUCUGUAUUCACGACAGCGGUUGUCCCAGUUCGAUUGGCAAGUUCUGCCAUUAAUCGUAAGAGGAUGCAACGAAGAAUCGACGAAGACAAUAUUACAAUACUGAGAAAAAUUCAAGGAGCCAAAUCAUCCUCACUGUCUGGUAAAAGAGUUGAUGUUUACAAAUCGACAUGUUGACAAGAAAAAUUCCCAUGACACUGCAAUUCGAUCAUAACCAAUAAACAUUGUAACAAAUAAAUAAUAGAAUUACACCCGAGUA